UAUUCUUUCAAUUUCCGGUUUUUCUUCAAAUCUUAUUCUGUGGGGUACUAUUAUUAUUAAGAUUCCAUGAAUUAGGAAAAAGAAAAUCUGAAAUUAAAAAACAAAAGAUAGCAGGAGAAAAAUAAAGAAGAAAGAUAAAAUAAAAACACAUAAAAAGGCAAAAUACUCUUAACCAUCCAAGAACAACAAGGGGCAAAGGGUUUUCUCACUUUCUCUCCCACUAAUUAUUAUUCAGGUUUGGAUAUUGAUUUGUUGAUGUUAAAGGGGUUUUAGGGUCUAUGAUGAUGAUGAGCUGGUAUUUUUUGGUAUAAUUUUUACAGUUGUUUGUUGAUUUGGGGUUUCUUUGAUCCUUUUGCUGUUCUUGAAAUGGAUGUAAAGAUCUCUUUUUUGGUUUGAUGGAGUUGGAUCUUUUAUUAACUUAAUUUUUGGGCAAAAAGCAAUUUUGGGUAUUGUCUAAUUUUGGUGUUAUAUGUUGAUUUGAGGGCUUCUUUAAUCCUUUUGUUGUUGUUGAAAAUGGAGGGGUGAAGGUGUGUCUUUUUUUUGGUUUGAUGGAGUUUGAUCUUUCAUUGGCUUGAUUUUUGGGUAUUGUGUAAAAUUUGGUAAAGGAGGAGACGUUGUUUAAAUUUGUUGUUAUAUUUUGAUUUGGGGAGGUAAAGGUCUCUUUUUUUGGCUUCAUUUUUGGGGGGUUUGUUUUUGUUUGUGGUAGAGAAGGAGAGUGAAAAACAGUUUUGGUAUUGUGCAAAAUUUGCUAAAGGAGGGCUUUGUUUAAAUUUUGGGAUUUUGAGUGUAUUUAUUAAGGCUAUUUAAUUUAGCUUAUGGGUGUUGGUUGGAAGAAUUGAUUGUUUUAGUUGUUUGGAGUGUUUUGGGUGUUCGAUUGAUUGGUAAAAAUGGAAGAAGAUGGAAUUAUUUUUGUUGAAGGAAGUGAACAGUUGGAAAGUGAGAUCAAGAUUAAUGCGGAAGAGUCUCAGUGUUUCGGGAUGGAAGUGGAAUCCUGUGAGAAUGGAGGAACACCUAGUGUAAGCAAUGAGAUUGUAGGUUUUCCGUCAGAGAAUGGUGAAGGAAGCAAUGUUAACGUGGUCUUUUCUGGAGAAUCUCCGAUUGUAUGUAAGGACUUUAGAUCAUCUGCCGUAGUAGUAGGAGGGUGUAAUUGUGGAGUUAAUAAACUUAAAGCCAGAUUGGCUAGUUCAGACGGUGAGAUUGGAAAAAAUGAGAAAUCUAGACACGAGAAGAAGCUUAAUAGACAAGAGAGGAUUGAGUUAGGGCGAUUGUUUCAGGGUGCUGUGAGUUGCCAUGAUUGGGAACUUGCAGAGAGUUUGAUUCUACUGGCUGAUCCCCAAACUCUAAAUGAUUCAUUGUGCAUUGCUUUAGACUCGAUAUGGUUUUUAAGUACGCAAGAAGAGUUGUAUGGGAUAACAGGGCUGAUUAAGAAGAUCAUUUCUAAUGGUGCUUUUGAUUUCACUCGGGCAGCCCUAAGGACUUCAUUUCUUGCCUCUUGUGUUUCUGCUUGCCAAAGUCGAACCAUGAGCCUCACAGAUACUGUGACUGUAAUGGCACAAAGGUUACAUGAACGACUUCAAGAGUGCAAUGGGGAUGUAAUUUUGAAGGCAGAAGCUGGUGCUAAGGUCCAGAAGUUCACUGAGUGGGCUCUAAAAUGUAUUGGUUUCCAUUCGCGCUGCCAGGGGAACAGGGAUAGGGCUGGGAACAAUGCUGCUGUAGAAAUACAACUACAGUUGUCGGCUUUCAAGACCUUCCUUGAUCUUGCUGGGAACCACCUUACAGGAAAGGACUUCACAGAAGCAUUUGAUGCAGCUUGCUUCCCACUUACACUCUUCUCUAGCUCAUUUGACCCUGGCUGGGCAUCAGGUAUUUCAGCAACUGCAAUCCAAGGAUUGCUUGGCAUGUUGGUGGAGGGCGGUGCAGACAAUGUCAAUCAAUGUUUUCUUGAAGCAUCACGUUUUGGGAGCACUGAGCUUGUCCGCAUUCUCUUGCAGAUUGCUCAAAGGAAUAGCUUGGAUGUUGAUGUCGACCUUGCUUUGGGAUUUGCUUCCCAUUAUGGUAAAAUUGCAACUAUGGAAUGUUUAGUGGAAGAAGGGAACGCCAUGGCAUUCUUGGGACCUUUGAUGAGAGCUGCCGAAAGGGGCUCCAUGCAGGUAGUUGACUGGUUUGUUAAAAGAGGUUGCAGAGACAUGGAACUAUGUCUGGCCCUCACAGCUGCUACUUCCAGUAGUCAGGUUGAAGUUGCACAAUAUCUCCUUCCUCACGUUCCUCAGCAUGUUCUUGCUGCCUUAAGCAUUGAGAUUCUUAAGGCUGCUGGUGAAAGAAGUAGUGGGUCUCUUGAUGGAGUAGCAUUUCUCCUAAGUUCAGACUUCCUCGGCGAUCCUGCUGCCACUUAUGCUGUUGCGGACAGCAUCGCUAAGUCCGAUGACGAGGCUGUCGCUCCCGAGCUUAGGUCUUUCCUUCGAGAGCAUUGGUCGGAAGCUGCUUUCUCAGACGGACUUAGGCAAGGACAGGAACACUACUGGAACAUCGUGCGUAUUUUGAAAUGGGGCGAAUCUCCCGUGUGUUUGAGGGACCUCCCGGGGCCCUUGCGGAUAGCAAUAACAUACCUGCCACUGUAUAGGGAAUGUGUCAAGGCAGGGGGUUGCUUGUUAUCACAAAGACUUAGGGGCCAACUUGUGGAAGCAGCAAAAAGACUUGACGGUGUAGUGCUGGAAGAGGUAAACCAAGGAAGAGAACUAUUGGCUGUUUUGGAGCAUCAUCUUCCUCCAUUUUUGCAUAAUAAUGCAUCCAAUGCUGCUUAGUUUUUGAAAUUUUCACAUCUGUCUCUUCACUUUUCCUUCCACAAGUAUAAUAACACAAUGGUUGUUGCAUUGAAGGUGAGUGAGAAGCCCUCUUAAGGUUGGCCAAUUAUCUUAAAUGAACCAGACCAGUAGAUUGCUUAGAUAAUUGUACCUGCAGAGUGUCUUCAAUUUGCAUAUUCUGAUGUGUAUGUUUAGUAAUUACGUUCACAAGGCCGGGAACUAAAAUGGACGUGCAAUAUUGGCUAA